AUGGAAGCUCUGGUAUGCAGAAAGGUGGGUGAUCCGACCUUAUCAGAUGAAACUUCCCCAAUCAGCGUCUCUGCUAGUCACCUAAUACCGUCUCUGAAUUCUCCCACUGCGGUGAGAGUAAGGGUGAGGGCUACCAGCCUCAACUAUGCCAAUUACCUCCAGAUCCUUGGCAAGUACCAAGAGAAGCCACCCCACCCCUUCAUCCCCGGCUCUGAUUACUCCGGCAUCGUCGAGUCUGUGGGACCCAGUGUUUCUAUGUUCAAGAUUGGCGACACCGUUUGUUCCGUUGCUGCCCUAGGCUCCUUUGCUCAAUACAUUGUUGUCGAUGAGACCGAACUGUUUCGAGUGCCUGAUGGAUGCGACCUCGUUGCCGCUGCAGCACUUCCUGUUGCAUUCGGGACCUCGCAUGUAGCUCUUGUUCACAGAGCUCAAUUGACCUCUGCUCAGGUUUUAUUGGUUCUAGGUGCGGCUGGGGGAGUUGGGCUUGCAGCUGUCCAGAUUGGAAAGGUUUGUGGUGCCACAGUGAUUGCUGUUGCUAGGGGAGCUGGAAAGGUUCAAAUUUUGAAGUCAUUGGGUGUGGAUCAUGUGGUGGACUCGAGCAUCGAAAAUGUCACUGAAAGCGUGAAGAACUUCCUGAAGGCAAAAAAGCUCAAAGGGGUUGAUGUUUUGUAUGAUCCAGUUGGAGGCAAGCUUACAAAAGAAACAAUGAAGCUUUUGAACUGGGGAGCACACAUUUUGGUCAUAGGAUUUGCAAGCGGAGAAGUCCCUGUUAUCCCUGCGAAUAUUGCUCUUGUUAAGAACUGGACAGUGCAUGGACUUUACUGGGGUAGCUACAGGAUACAUCGACCAGGUGUACUUGAAGAUUCAAUGAAGGAGCUACUCUCUUGGUUAGCAAGAGGCUUGAUUGAGAUCCACAUUUCUCAUUCUUACAACUUGUCAGAGGCUCACUUCGCCUUUUCUGCAAUUAAAGAUAGGAAAGCGAUUGGAAAGGUGAUGAUUGCUUUUGAUGAUCACAAAACUGUAAGAUCUAAGCUUUGAUAUGAUCAAGGUUCAGCUGGAGGUGGGUGGAGAAAGAAAGUUAUCUUUUACCCCAUGAAUAUCUGGAUCUUUCUAUUCUCGUAACCUCCCAUCAACCCUAUCAACCCUGAUUAUGUUAUAGUUUAUUAAGUACAGAUUUGGGUGAUGUUGGCAAGUCAUGGAUUUCCAUGGGAAUGCAAGCCAUUGCAAAUAAUGGCAGCAGUGUAUCAUGCUGCUUUUGAAUAAAAUAAUGUGUUUCAAAA